AUCUAGGUUGGAAUUUGGCCUUGACAAAUAAGAAAAUGAUGAGUGACGCAAGUGACAUGCUGGCUGCGGCGCUGGAGCAGAUGGAUGGGAUCAUAGCAGGUUCUAAGGCCCUGGAGUAUUCCAAUGGGAUUUUUGAUUGCCAGUCUCCCACUUCUCCAUUCAUGGGAAGCUUGCGCGCUCUGCACCUCGUGGAAGACCUGCGUGGAUUGUUAGAGAUGAUGGAGGCGGACGAGAAGGAGGGCCUGAGGUGCCAGAUCCCAGACUCCACCGCAGAGACGCUUGUUGAAUGGCUUCAGAGUCAAAUGACAAAUGGACACCUCCCUGGGAAUGGAGAUGUGUAUCAGGAAAGGCUGGCACGUUUAGAAAAUGAUAAGGAAUCCCUCGUUCUUCAGGUAAGUGUGUUAACAGACCAGGUGGAGGCUCAGGGGGAGAAGAUCAGAGACCUGGAGUUUUGUCUGGAAGAGCACAAAGAGAAGCUGAAUGCCACCGAGGAGAUGCUGCAGCAGGAACUUCUGAGUAGGACCUCUUUAGAGACUCAGAAACUAGAUCUGAUGGCUGAAAUAUCUAACUUGAAGUUAAAACUGACAGCUGUGGAGAAGGACAGAUUGGAUUAUGAAGACAGGUUUAGAGACACAGAGGGGCUAAUUCAGGAGAUCAAUGACUUGAGGUUGAAAGUCAGUGAAAUGGACAGUGAAAGACUUCAGUAUGAAAAAAAGCUUAAAUCAACCAAAGAUGAACUGGCAUCUUUAAAAGAACAAUUGGAAGAAAAGGAAUCUGAAGUUAAAAGGCUACAAGAAAAAUUGGUUUGCAAGAUGAAAGGAGAAGGGAUUGAAAUUCUGGAUAGAGAUGAAAAUUUUAAAAAGAAGCUCAAAGAAAAAAAUAUUGAAGUACAAAAAAUGAAAAAGGCUGUGGAAUCUUUGAUGGCGGCAAACGAAGAAAAGGAUCGGAAAAUAGAAGAUCUUCGACAGUGCCUGAACAGGUACAAGAAAAUGCAAGACACAGUGGUUCUGGCCCCAGGUAAAAAAGGCAAAGAUGAGGAAUAUGAAGAUCUGCUCAAUUCCACUUCCAUCUCAACUUUGUUGGAUGCACAGGGGUUCAGCGAUGUGGAGAAAAGUCCAUCGCCUACUCCAGGAAUGGGGUCUCCGGGCCGCGACCCAUUUAACGCAAGUGUUCCUGAAGAGUUCCACACCAGCAUCUUGCAAGUGUCAAUUCCUUCAUUAUUGCCAGUAUCUCUAGACGUGGAAGCUUCUGAAAAUUCAAAGCUGCCUUCUAAGCCAGAGACUUCAUUUGAAGAGAAUGAUGGCAAAAUAAUCCUUGGUCCUGCUGCCGAAACCCAGCCAUGCGAUAGUCUUUUAACUUCAAGUCUGCAAAAGUCCAGCAGCCUGGGCAAUCUGAAGAAAGAGCAAUCAGACAGGGAAAAGGAAUCUAUUCAGAAGCCUUCAGAGGUAAUUUUUACAAAUGACAAUGAUAAACCUCCUGCAGAAAGCGGCCCAUUUGGGAGCCUCCCUCCCAAAGCUCCAGGACACGAUACCUCUGUGGACGACAACCCCUUUGGCACCCGAAAAGCCAGAUCUUCCUUCGGCCGGGGCUUUUUUAAAAUCAAAAGUAACAAGAGGACAGCAAGUGCCCCCAACUUGGAUCGUGAACGAAGUGCCAGUGCACCCACCUUAGCUGAAACAGAAAAGGAGACAACAGAACACCUAGACCUGGCUGGUGUGUCUUCUCGACCAAAAGGUUCACAGGGGAACAGUCCCUUCCCAGGAUCUCCACCAUCUCCAGAUUCCAAAAAGAAAUCCAGAGGUAUCAUGAAACUCUUCGGAAAACUCAGGAGAAGUCAGUCAACAACCUUCAACCCAGAUGACAUGUCUGAGUCAGAAUUCAAAAGAGGAGGGACAAGGGCAACUGCUGGGCCCCGACUGGGUUGGUCUCGAGAUUUGGGGCAAUCGAACAGUGACUUGGAUAUGCCAUUUGCCAAAUGGACCAAGGAACAAGUGUGCAGUUGGCUCGUGGAGCAGGGCUUGGGCUCCUACCUGAAUUCAGGCAAGCACUGGAUUGCGUCUGGCCAAACACUUCUGCAGGCUUCUCAGCAAGAUCUAGAGAAGGAACUUGGAAUCAAGCAUUCCCUUCACCGAAAGAAACUCCAGCUGGCGCUUCAAGCCCUGGGAUCCGAAGAAGAAACCAAUCAUGGGAAGCUAGAUUUCACCUGGGUCACUAGAUGGUUGGAUGAUAUUGGCCUCCCCCAGUAUAAGACUCAGUUUGAUGAAGGACGGGUAGAUGGUCGAAUGCUACAUUACAUGACUGUUGAUGACUUGCUGACCUUGAAGGUUGUGAGUGUGCUACACCAUCUGAGUAUCAAGAGGGCCAUCCAGGUCCUGAGGCUCAAUAACUUCGAACCAAACUGUCUGCGGAGGCGGCCGUCUGACGAGAACAGCAUCACCCCAUCAGAGGUUCAGCAGUGGACCAACCAUCGGGUGAUGGAGUGGCUGCGCUCCGUGGACUUGGCGGAAUACGCCCCCAACCUCAGAGGCAGUGGUGUCCACGGUGGACUCAUGGUUCUAGAACCUCGUUUUAAUGUAGAAACAAUGGCUCAGUUACUGAACAUCCCACCAAAUAAGACUUUGCUGCGGAGGCAUUUGGCUACUCAUUUCAACCUUCUGAUCGGUGCUGAGGCCCAACGCCAGAAGCGAGACGCCAUGGAGUUGCCAGACUAUGUACUACUGACAGCUACUGCCAAAGUGAAGCCAAAGAAACUUACCUUCAGCAAUUUUGGGAAUCUGAGAAAGAAGAAACAAGAAGAUGGUGAAGAAUUUGUCUGUCCAAUGGAAUUGGGACACGCGUCAGGAAGUGCAUCUAAGAAGGGAUUUAAACCUGGUUUGGACAUGCGCCUGUAUGACGAAGAUGAUCUGGACCGACUAGAGCAGAUGGAAGAUUCAGAGGGGACAGUGAGACAGAUAGGGGCAUUCUCAGAAGGCAUCAACAAUCUGACGCACAUGUUGAAAGAAGAUGACAUGUUUAAAGACUUUGCUGCCCGCUCCCCCAGUGCCAGCAUCACAGACGAAGACUCCAAUGUUUGACCCAGCACUGGGAUGAACAGGAGGCGCUGUUAGUCUGUCCUCCACUUUCUUCUGCAAACGCCCGCAGUCCACAUACAACAAGCCACAGACUGCAUAUUGUUUGUUGUUCCAAACAGACUCGGAAAGUAGGGGAGACACGCCAAGGCUGAAGGUGCCACGAAAACGAAGACACUGGUGAACGAGAGUGUAAUUGUUGUUCCUCUAUUUAAUGUAAAAAUCUGUGAUAUAUUCUAUUUAAAGUGUUGCAUUUAAGAUGAGUAUUUUACCCUAGUGUUUUCAUUCAUAUCUACAGUAUGGAGGACUGCGGGGGCCGGAACUGGUGUGCAAAUGAUUUUGUCACAUCCAUGCUCACUGCAGCUGUCUCAGUAGGACAUUAUGUGCUUUCAGAAUAAGUAUGUGGAAUUCUUCAAAACGCAUUCAGUGUACCUGCUAAAUGCCAGCCACACCUCUACUUGCCUCUUAUUAUCUUUUUAUAUAUUUUUCUAAAUAUAUGUGUAUAUAUAUAUAUAGUACAUAGAAAAUAGAACUUUUAUUUUGUGACAUAAAGAAGAUGGUGAAAAGAUCACAUUUUUUAAAAUAUAUGGUGACCAAAAUUUCCGUAUACCAGCUGGUUCCUGAAAAGGUCGGAAUGAUCUUUCUUUCACCACAACUGAAUUUUAACAAUGUUGAUCAUUGAGCCUAAAUUAAUAUAUGUGAAACAUCCCUCUUUUGAUGACACACCACAAAAUUGUUGAACAGUUAAAGAAUUUCAGCCUUAAGCUUGGGUCUUUUUACCUCAUAAGGAAGAACUUGAGGGACAUUAGUAUAUUAACUUGAAUCUAUCCAGAAACACCCCCCCCCAAAAAUUCAUAGAAAUAAUUUCUGAAGAAACCAAAAACAACACAAAAACCUUUA